AUGUCUGACAGUAAGCAAAGGGAAUUUCAGAAAGCUACAUUAAAAGAUGAAGGGUUAAUGUUAGUGAAAGAAUAUUGGCAAAAGGGAUGGCCUUUGAGUAUUGAUAAAGUUCCUAAAGAAGCAAGAUCUUAUUUAAAAUUUAAAAAUGAGUUGAGCGUUGAACAAGAUUUAGUUUUUUUUAAUAGUCGAAUUGUAGUACCUGUUGCAUUAAGGAAGUGUAUGUUAACAUUAUUGCAUGAAGCUCACUGUGGGGUUGAAAAAUCAAAAGCUAGGGCUCGACAAGUACUAUUUUGGCCAGGAAUCAACAGUGACAUUGAGAAUAUGAUUUCUAAAUGCCUAAUUUGUGAUAGGUUCUGGCCUCAAACUGUAAAAGAACCUCUUGUUUGUCAUGAAAUUCCCAGUUUACCUUAUGAAAUAUUUGGUACUGAUAUCUGCGAGAAUACGGGGAAAAGUUAUCUAAUAAUAGGCUGUUACUUAACUAAAUGGGUAGACAUAAUUCCUCUAAAAAAUAAAAGUGCAGUAGAAGUUAUUAGUAAAUUGAAAUCAAUAUUUGCAACACAUGGAAUACCCAAAACUUUAAUUUGUGAUAAUGUACCAUUUAAUAGUUGGAAAAUGAAGAGUUUCGCAAGGGAUUUGGGAUUUGAAAUAAUCACUAGCAGUCCUCGAUAUCCUAAAACUAAUGGAUUUGCAGAAAAGUUGGUAGGUAUAGCUAAGAGUUUAUUUAGAAAAGCAGGAUUGGAGAAAAUAAAUGAAGCUUUACUGGAAUAUAGAAAUACUCCAAUUUCAGGUAUAAAUUUAUCACCAAGUCAAAUGCUAUUAAGUAGGAAUUUAAGAACACGGUUACCAAUUACACAAACAGAAUUGAAACCAACCGUAAAAUAUCAAUAUAGAGGAGAAAGCAGCAACAGGCUAAAAUCUAUUACGAUAAGCAUGCAAGGGAAAGACCUGAAUUUAUUCCUGUGGAAAAUGUUGAGAUGGGAAAAUAAAUUUGAGCCUGGUAUAGUUUUAAAAAAGCAUUCAACUCCUAGAUCAUAUUGGAUUAGAAAAAAAGAUAAUAGGGUAAUUAGACGGAAUAAAUUCCAUUUAAGAAAAACUAAAAAUCAGAGACUAUUAUGA